UCCAAUCUCAUUUUCUAGUUCUGUCUGCCUUUCACACUUGCAGAGCGAGUCCUUUGUUCUCCACAUGUUUUUCUGCUAUACUGUUAGAUUUAAGUUUUACCUCCGCAGGUACUUCAUUUUCUGUGGUUUUUAUUCCUUGAGGAAAUGGAUGCUCUCCCUGGUCUGCCUCUCACGCUUCAUCUUUCUUGUUCUCUACCUUCCUCUUCCAUUAAUGGACGGCCCUUGCGCUUCCUCUGGCUUCUGUUCACAAUUCUGAUAUCAUGGCUCUCCUCUCACUGUGAUGGAGCAUGUCAGAAACCUUUCACGUGUGGGUUUUAUAGUUUGGCUUAUCCUUUUGGAGGGAGGAACAGCGGCUGCGGUGAUCCCGCGCUUCAGUUAGACUGUGAUUCAUACUUAGGUAUGCCUCUAAUUAAUAUUAGUGGACAUCAAUACUACAUACGACUGCCCACAGUCUUUUCCGCAGAAAAUUCCAGCCAAUCCAUGACGAUAAUUGACAAUAAUCUAUGGGGAAGUUCGUGUGAUCCAUCCUCGAGUAAUAACACAGCUCAAUUCUGGUCUAGCCCUCAAUUUCAUAUAGCAAAUGACUACAAGAAUAUAACCCUAGGGGAACAGUGCGAACAAGAGAUCUUGCCCAGUAACGCAUCCAAAUUAGAGUGUAGCGAUGAUUGGUAUUACAUACCCACUUCGAACUUGAGUUUGGCUACGCCGGCGUAUUGUAAAUCAUAUGUUCAGCUACCAGUGAAUAUAGACCCAAAACUACCUCGAUCCAUGAGUCUGACCGAAAUUGUACAGCAAGGGUUCGAAAUAGAAUGGAAUUUCAGCAGAGGUUGCGAGAAUUGCGUGUCAAGAAACGGUACCUGCAAUUAUAACACUAGAACCAUGAAGCCAUUUUGCCAGAUGGAAGAUGCAAUCCUUAAUCUGAGUAAUUCAGGAUCAAAGUUCAAAUCCAUUAGUUUCGUCUUCAUUCUAGCCGCAGGUAUCCUGGGCAGCGCAUUGUUAAUAGUUGCGCUAUUGCUGGCAAUUGCUCAUCGAAAGAAUAAUUCCACCUUCGGCCGUCAGGUGCUUAGAGGGAAGCGCGGUAACUCACGGUCUAUUUCCCAGGUAGAGACAUUUCUGCACAAUUUUGUUCAUCAAAUGCCAACGAGAUAUUCGUAUUCAAACAUCAAGGAGAUUACCAACAACUUUGCACAUAAACUGGGUAAAGGAGGGUUUGGUGAGGUUUAUAGGGGAAGUCUAGCAAGCGGUAGUCUUGUGGCAGUCAAAAUGCUUGAUCAGUCGAGGGAAAGCGAGACUCAAUUCAUGAACGAAGUUACAACCCUCGGAAGGAUUCAUCACAUUCAUCUGGUUCGUUUGUUGGGGUAUUGUUUCGAAGGACUUACAAGUGCACUCGUUUACGAGUACAUGGCAAAUGGAUCUCUCGACAGAUUUAUACUUGCCAAUAAAGGGAAAGGUCAAAUUCUGAGUUGGGAUCAACUAUAUUCAAUUGCUCUGGGGUCGGCUCGUGGAAUUGCGUAUCUUCACAAUGAGUGUCGUAGCCGCAUCAUUCACUUCGACAUAAAACCGCACAAUAUAUUGUUGGACGAAGAGUUUACAGCCAAAGUAGCUGAUUUUGGCCUCGCCAAGCUGUGUGGAAGAACAGACGACCACGUAUCAAUGACAACAGCAAGAGGGACGCCAGGAUAUGUCGCACCAGAGCUGUGGUCUAGAAAUUCAGGGCCUGUAACGGACAAGUCAGAUGUUUACGGUUUUGGAAUGAUGAUAUUAGAGAUGGUAGGAGGAAGAAAGAAUGUUGAUCUACAGGUGAGUCGUUCAAGUCAAUUCUACUUUCCAGACUGGGCAAUCAAAUUGGUGGAGAGAGGGGAACUGAGGACGAGGUUGAGGGAAAUAGAGUUGAGCGAUGCGGAGGAGGUCAAGGCAAGGAGUCUGGUAAAAGUGGGUCUGUGGUGUAUUCAGCACAUUUCGAUUGCCAGACCGUCAAUGAUGAGGGUGCUUCAGAUGUUGGAAGGAGAUGUCGACGACAUCCCAAAUCCUCCGACUCCCUUUGAUUCUCGCCCGCGACCGGCACCAUUUUCCUCUAGUGAAGAAUCGUCCUCCAUUGGAAUUGAAACGGCAUCAUAGAUUACACGUUUGGGAAAUUUCAUGGUGACGGAAUAUACCAGUCAAUAUUCAACUAACUUGUUUCUGGCUAAAAAUUAGGCUGGUUCCUAAUGCUUUAGUUUUACUUUGACAGUUGCGCUAUCAAAGAGUGAUAUGCUUUCUUGUUUUUUCUUUUGAUAUUUUUAUUAUUAUAUCUCCAGAUGGCAGCCGUUUAAUCUGGUGACAUAAGUGUGCGAUAGAUGUUCUUUGUAGAAAAUCAUGUAUCGCUACUUGUGAGUUCCUCGUUUUUGUGUGUUUGUGUGAUGGUUUUGUAAUGGUU